AUGACAGAAGAUAAGAGAUUUAGCAUCUCCAUCGUCUUGAUUGAUAACGACGGACGACGCAUCGUUCCCGAAUUUGUCACUCCAUUGGUUCAACAAUUGAAGCCUAACAGUGAAGAUGUUAAUGUUGACAUUCACUUCGAAGAUGGUCAAUUGACUAUUCAACGAAAUGACAUAUCGAAGAUUUUAUUUCGACGACCACCUUAUUGUCCAUUUACAAAUCUUUAUUUUCAAAAUAAUUCUUCAAUCAUUUCGGUUAAUCCAUCAAAUGCCAUUAUGGUGGGUGUUGUGAUACUUUUUGAAUGUCAUGAUAGUCGUGUUCUUUUAACGAGACGUGCGAGUCAUAUGCGAACGUAUCCAUCGUGCUGGGUGUGUCCUGGUGGUGGAGUCGAACGAAAUGAAACAUUAAUCCAAGCGGGUAUUCGCGAGCUGAGCGAAGAAGUUGGUAUCGAAGUCAGUGAGCGUGAACUAGACACAUCGCGAGUCCUGGGUUUAUGGGAGUCAUCGUUUCCAGUCGAUCUUUCGCAUGGUCUUCCGCGUCGUCAUCAUAUUGUGAUAUACAUACACGUUCGUUCUUCGAGAACAAGCGAAGAAAUCUCAGUUAAAGUUGAUCCGAAUGAAGUCGAUGCGUAUACAUGGCUUUCAUACGAACAGAUUCAUGAUAUUUCAAAGCGUACAAAUUCCGAUCCGUCUCGUACUUUUAAUGCGCACAUCUACACGACAGGAAGUAACGAGCUGUUGUUUGACUUACUCGCAACCAGUGAUUUCAAUCAGAAGGAAAAUCUUACCAGUGGUACACGUUUUGCACUUGAACAACUAUACCUUCUUCAAUCAUAA